AUGUAUACAAAGGAGUACUACUGGUUUUCACAGUACAUGAUAAUAACAAGCACCUUGGUGCUCACCAUAAUAUGGUCAAUUCUGCCCUCGUCGUCGGACGAGCACACACCACAGCAGUUCAUUAGCACGAUACUGGACAUUUUUCCCCAGAGAAGAUGGAUUAUUACUUUGGAGAGCAUAAUGCUAAUGGGUAUGCUGUGCACCUACACCGGCCUAUUAAUGUACAAUGAAGACUCAUUAACACCACCGCUAGAUUCAUUGUGCACAGUAACGGAUGCCGGCGGCCAACUGGUGAUAGAAGAUGACACGGAUGUGCUUGUCAAGAGAUGGGCAUUCAAAGAGACUAGUGGUAUUUACGAUCUGCCCCUGAUGGAUGCUUGCCAGCUGCUUUAUCUAUAUGAUAACGAGGACUUAAGCAGAUAG